AUGGGAGACAAGCGGAAACGAAGCCAACUUGCAGCCGAAGAUGAGGUGGUAGAGGCUGCAGAGGUGAAGCAAAAGAAGCCCAAAAAGGUCAAUAAAGAGAAGGAGAAAAAUGAAAGAAAGAAAGAAAAUAAGCAGAAACAAAAGGAUGAAGUCCAGGCCGAUGCUGGUGCUGUGGCUAAUGCCCUGGGUAUGGAUACGGAAAUGAAGGAUGUGGAUGAGGUGCCAGCUGCGACAAAUGGUGCUGUAACAAAGGAGACAGAAGAAAAGGCAAAGAAGGCGAAGAAAGAGAGAAAGAAGAAAGAAAAGAAAGCCAAAAAGGGUGACGACGGUUCGAACGAGGUAAAGGAUAAGAAAAAGAAGAGGAAAGAAAAGAAGAUAGGUUUAAAGGACUCGGAGAAAGGAGUAGUGGAGGUGGCGAACGAGAGAGAGGAGAACCAAGAACAGGUGACCGAGAUAUUGGAGAACCGAGAGACAGAAGAGAAGAGAAGCAAGAAAGAUAAGGUUGGAAAGGGAAAGAAACAGAAAAAUGGCAAGAAAGCCAAAAUAGAGAAGGACGAGACAAUCACCAUGUCAGCAUCACAACAAGAAAACGGACAUGUGGAUGUGACCAAUAUAACAAUUGGUCCCGUAACACCCACUGCUGGGGAGCAUGAUAUCGGCAAAAGUCUUAACUUUGCAAACGGAAACGACGGAGAGCAAAAGAACCAGAGAUUCAUCGUUUUCAUCGGUAACCUACCAUUCCACACGACCCUAGAAGCGGUACAGAAGCAUUUCUCUAAAAUCAUGCCGAGCCAUGUCCGCUUCCCAAGCGAGAAGGGUGGGAAGAAGGGGCGUGGCUUCGCCUUCAUCGAAUUCGACCACUACGAUCGCAUGAAGACGUGCCUAAAACUAUACCACCACUCUUCGUUCGACGAUGGCCAGAACCCUCCCAGAAAAAUCAACGUUGAACUAACUGCCGGUGGAGGCGGUUCCAAAUCGGAGACCCGCAAAGCACGCAUAUUUGAGAAAAAUACGAAACUUUCCGAACAGCGGGCUCGUGCUGCUAAAGAAGCUCAGAAGCAGAAACAGAAAACGGGGGCUGCUAAGACGGCGGAUGUUACUGGAACGGCGCAGGUGAAGAACGACCUAGAUGAUGUACAUCCUAGUCGAAGGGGCAGGGUUCCAGGCGUCUAG